GCGCGGGAAGCCGAGCUGCGCGCUGGGGUUGGGACGCGCAUCUUCCAGCACCAGCGAGCGCGGGCUGAGGUUCUCUUGGCUUCUCCUCGUUGCGCCCGGCCUGCCCGCCUCCGGAGCCGCCUCUGCCCACGGAUGGGCUGGGGAAGUUGGGAGGAGCGAGCCGGAGCCCGCGCGGGGCGCGCCCAGCCGCUGCCUGUCUUGGCGCCCGCAGUCUGGGCGCUGCGCACCAGCCACAGGAGCGCGGAUGCUCCCCGGAGCCGCGGGCUGGCAGGUCUGGGCUCCUGAGGCUGCCAGCGGACUAUGGGCACCACGGCCAGCACAGCCCAGCAGACAGUUUCGGCGGGCGCCCCCUUUGAGGGUCUCCAGGGCGGCGGCACAAUGGACGGUCAGCAUUCGCUCAGUGUCCACUCCUUCCAGACCACGGGCGUGCACAACAGUAAGGCCAAGUCCAUCAUCCCCAACAAAGUGGCCCCUGUCGUGAUCACGUACAACUGCAAGGAGGAGUUCCAGAUCCAUGAUGAACUGCUCAAGGCCCAUUACACGCUGGGCCGGCUCUCAGACGCCACCCCUGAGCACUACCUGGUGCAGGGACGCUACUUCCUGGUGCGGGAUAUUGCUGAGAAGAUGGAUGUCCUGGGCACUGCACGGAGCUGUGGGGCCCCCAACUUCCGGCAAGUGCGGGGUGGGCUCACCGUGUUUGGCAUGGGACAGCCCAGCCUCUCUGGAUUCAGGCGGGUCCUCCAGAAACUCCAGAAGGAUGGACACAAGGAGUGCGUGGUCUUCUGUGUGCGGGAGGAGCCCGUGCUGUUUCUGCGGGCUGAUGACGACUUCAUGCCCUACACACCUCGAGAUAAGCAGAAUCUUCGUGAGAACCUCCAGGGCCUGGGACCUGGGAUCCAGGCAGAGAGCUUAGAGCUGGCCAUCCGGAAAGAGAUCCACGACUUCGCCCAGCUGAGCGAGAACACAUACCACGUCUACCACAACAUCGAGGACCUGCUGGGGGAGCCCCACGCUGUGACCAUCCGGGGUGAGGACGAUGUGCACGUGACCGAGGAGGUGUACAAGCGGCCCCUCUUCCUGCAGCCUGCCUACAGGUACCACCGCCUGCCCCUGCCAGAGCAAGGGGCCCCCCUGGAAGCCCAGUUUGAUGCCUUUGUGAAUGUUCUCCGGGAAACCCCCAGCCUGCUGCCGCUCCGUGAUGCCCAUGGGCCUCCCCCUGCUCUCCUCUUCAGCUGUCAGACAGGCGUGGGCAGGACCAACCUGGGAAUGACCCUGGGGUCCCUCGUCCUGUUUCAUCACAGUGGGGCUGCCUCGAGGCCAGAGGCUGCCCCCCUGCAGGCCAAGCCGCUGCCCCUGGGGCAGCUGCAGCUGAUCCAGAGCUUUCUCCAUGUGGUGCCUCAGGGGAGGAAGAUGGUGGACGAGGUGGACAGAGCCAUCGCCGCCUGUGCCGAGCUGCACGACCUGAAGGAGGUGGUCUUGGGACACCAGAGGAAGCUGGAAGGCGCCCGGCCCGAGAGCCCAGCCCAGGAAAGUUGCAGCCAGCACGGUGUCCGGCAGAGGGCGCUGCAGAGCCUGGAGCGAUACUUCUACCUGAUCCUGUUUAACUACUAUCUCCAUGAGCAGUACCCGCUGGCCUUUGCCCUCAGUUUCAGCCGCUGGCUAUGUGCCCACCCCGAGCUGUACCGCCUGCCUGUGACCCUGAGCUCAGCAGGGCCUGUGGCCCCUGGGGACCUCAUUACUAUGGGCUCUCUGGGGGCAGACGACCUCAUCUCCCCAGACGCUCUCAGCACCGUCAGAGAGAUGGACGUGGCCAACUUCCGCCGGGUACCCCGCAUGCCCAUCUAUGGCAUGGCGCAGCCCAGCGCCAAGGCCCUGGGGAGCAUCCUGGCCUACCUAGCCGAUGCCAAGAGGAAGCUCCGGCAUGUCGUGUGGGUCAACCUGAGGGAGGAGGCUGUGCUGGAGUGUGACGGGCACACCCACAGCCUGCGGUGGCCUGGGCCCCCCAUGGCCUCCGAACAGCUUGAGAACUUGGAGUCCCAGCUGAAGGCCCACCUGAGUAUGCCUCUCCCAGGCCCGGGGGGUCCAGCGACCCGCAGGUUCCAGACAUGCCGCACCUCGCAGGAGGUCUUUGCCCAGCACCGUGGGGCCUACCCCGGCCUCACUUACCACCGCAUCCCCCUGCCGGACUUCUGCGCCCCCUGCGAGCAGGAUUUCGACCGGCUGCUCGAAGUUGUACGGGCUGCCCUUGCAAAGGACCCAGGCACUGGCUUCGUGUUCAGCUGCCUCAGUGGCCAGGGCCGGACCACAACUGCCAUGGUGGUGGCUGUGCUCGCCUUCUGGCACAUCCAGGGCUUCCCCGAGGUGGGCGAGGAGGAGCUCGUGAGUGUGCCUGAUGCCAAGUUCACCAAGGGCGAGUUUGAGGUGGUGAUGAAGGUGGUGCAGCUGCUGCCUGACGGGCACCGCGUGAAGAAGGAGGUAGAUGCAGCCCUGGACACGGUCAGUGAGACCAUGACGCCCAUGCACUAUCACCUGCGGGAAAUCAUCAUCUGCACCUACCGCCAGGCAGCCGUGAAUCUACUUUCUGCCUCUAUGGAUUUGCCUAUCCUGGACAUUUCAUAAAAAUUGAAUCACGCACCAUGUGGUCCUCAUGACCAGCUUCUUUCACUUAGCACAAUGUGUUCAAGUUUCAUCUGUGUUCUAACCAGGAUCAUGACUUCAUUCCUUUUUGUGACUAAUAUUCUAUUGUAUGGAUAUAUCACAUUCUGUUUUUGGUGUCAUGCCUAAUCUAAGCUCAUGAGAAUUCAUCUCUAAGAGGUAAGUAGUUUUCUUCUAAGAGUUUUGUAGUUGUAGCUCUUACAUUUAGUCUUUGAUUCAUCUUGAGUUAAUUUUUAUAUAUGGUGUGAGGUAGAGAUCCAACUUCAUUCUCUUGUAUGUAGAUAUCCAGUUGUCCUCGCACAUGUGUUGAAAAGACAGU